AUGGUCAGAGACUGCAGACAUGAUACAAGAGAUGGUCAGAGACUGCAGACAUAAUAUCAGAGAUGGUCAGAGACUGCAGACAUGAUACAAGAGAUGGUCAGAGACUGCAGACAUGAUACAAGAGAUGGUCAGAGACUGCAGACAUGCUACAAAAGAUGGUCAGAGACUGCAGACAUAAUAUCAGAGAUGGUCAGAGACUGCAGACAUGAUACAACAGAUGGUCAGAGACUGCAGACAUGAUACAGGAGAUGGUUAGAGACUGCAGACAUAAUACAGGAGAUGGUCAGAAACUUAGGACA